ACAUAAUGUCACGUGGAGAUGAUCAGCAAUCGCAGGCUCUUGCCAAACCUACUUUCAGUGACGUACAAGCCUCUGCAUUAGUGGAAUCGGUAUUUGGGUUAAAAGUUUCCAAGAUCCAGCCGCUUCCUAGCUAUGAUGACCAAAACUUUCAUGUGUGCAUUUCAAGUACCAAAGACACUACAGAUGGGCCAACUGAGUACGUUCUCAAAAUAAGCAACACCGAGUCCAGCAAAACUCCAGAGCUGAUUGAAGUGCAGAAUCACGUCACCAUGUUUCUGAGAGCUGCUGGGUUCCCAACAGCCUCUGUGCGUCACACUACGGGAGGCAACCUCACCUGCCUCGUGUCCGUAGAUGGCGGCUCUGGAGUCCCAGGCUACCUGGUGAGGCUGCUGUCAUACCUCCCGGGAAGACCCGUUGCCGAGAUCCCCAGCAGCCCCCAGCUGCUGUAUGAGAUCGGGAGGCUCGCUGGCAAACUGGAUGAGACCCUGCAGAAAUUCCAUCACCCACAGUUAAGUAGUCUUCGUCGGGAGAACUUCAUUUGGAAUCUGAAAAACGUUCCUCUUCUGGAGAAAUAUCUGGAUGCCUUGGGCCAGAACCGAAACCGGGAGAUUGUCGUACAGGUCAUUCAGCUGUUCAAGGAUGAAAUCCUGACCAAACUAAGUCAUUUUCGAGAGUGUAUCAAUCAUGGAGAUCUUAAUGACCAUAAUAUUUUAGUGGAGUCCAGCAAGUCAGCCUUUGGAGAUGCCAUAUAUCAAGUGUCUGGGAUUUUGGACUUCGGCGACAUGAGCUAUGGCUACUAUGUGUUUGAAGCGGCCAUCACCAUCAUGUACAUGAUGAUUGAGAGCAAGAGUCCCGUACACGUGGGAGGUCACGUCCUUGCGGGGUUUGAGAGCGUCAUCCCACUGACGCCCGUAGAGAGGAGCGCCUUGUUUCUACUCGUGUGCGGUCGCUUUUGCCAGUCCCUCGUCAUCGCUGCGUACUCUUGCCAGCUACAUCCAGAGAACAAAGACUAUCUCAUGACUACCGCGAAAACCGGGUGGAAGCACUUGCAGCAGAUGUUUGACAUGGGCCAGAAGGCUGUGGAAGAAAUCUGGUUUGAAACUGCCAGGUCCUACGACUCUGGGGUCUCCAUGUGACCCGGGAACCUUCACAUGAACUCCGAUCAUGAAAAACCCAAGGGGACCAAAUCUAAUUCUACCCAGGAUUUCCCUGCACAGUGAGAGAUGAACUGAUGCAACAGACCAGU